CUCGAAGCCGCUUUUGUACGAUCGUAAACAAAUAAAUUUUUCAUUAAAUAUUUGAUAUUUAUUUAAACCAUUAAAUAUGUCGGCGGGGUCAGUAGAUUUAAGUUCAUAUCGAGAUCAACACUUCAAGGGCUCGCGCACGGAUCAAGAGCGCUCGCUGCGUGAAUCUUGCACAUUAUAUGUGGGAAAUCUUUCAUUUUAUACAACAGAGGAGCAAAUUCAUGAAUUAUUUUCACGUUGCGGAGAAGUACGUCGUAUUGUAAUGGGUUUAGAUAAAUACAAGAAAACUCCUUGUGGAUUUUGUUUUGUCGAAUACUAUAUGCGGACUGAUGCAGAAAUGGCAAUGAGAUACGUCAACGGAACUCGAUUAGAUGAUCGCCUCAUCCGUGUUGACUGGGAUGCUGGCUUUAUAGAAGGACGGCAGUAUGGUCGUGGCAAAACUGGUGGCCAAGUACGCGACGAAUAUCGGACAGACUACGAUGCCGGCCGAGGAGGUUAUGGAAAGUUGCUGCAGCAAAAAAUUGCGCCAAAUACAGACAAUCGUUGAAUUCGUUUUUUUUUUUUUUUUUAAUCAUAGCUUAGAGUUUAUACAUAAAUAUAAAACAUGAAAACAAAACCUUAUAACUCGGUUCUACGUCCGCCCAAAUAUGGCCCCUUUUUUAGUUUUUUAUAUUGUUUCUAUAAUUUCUUUGGGGCUUGUUUUCCAGAUGCUUCAUAGUAGGGAUUCACAUAGUUAGACGUACGUCGAUCUUCAUUUAUUUCUUGAAGCAAAAGAUCCAUCAAUGUUAUUGUCGUUUCAUCAACCAGAUGCGUCAGAGAGUUCACAAAUUCG